GUGCGGGAGAGGAGCGGCCGCGCGGACAGCGCCCCCCCGGGCGCCGGCACGGAUUUGUAGAAGAUCCUGGAACACAGAGGAGCAGCUGAGAGCCUUCAGACCAUUUAUUGUCUUCUCUUACAAAAUCAACUUUCAUUUUCUGGAUGUCCAAGCCUUUCACACCAAAUUUUAAGCUUUACAUUUCCUACCUGACAACAAAUUACGCUCUCGGUCUGUUGUUAUUUUAAGGGGCUGAGGAGCUGAAUUCACUAGCUGACCAGCAUGGCUAAGAUUAGAUUAGUUUUAACUGUUUGCCAGGUGGUGCUAGAAUUGCUAACGAAUUCAUUAACUGAGUCUUCCGUACAGAGUAAUGAAUGUCCCCAGCUCUGUGUGUGCGAAAUCAGGCCAUGGUUUACACCACAGUCAACAUACAGGGAAGCCACAACAGUUGACUGCAAUGACCUUCGUUUAACAAAAAUCCCCAGCAAUCUUUCCAGUGACACUCAAGUCCUUCUGUUACAAAGCAACAAUAUUGCAAAGACCACAGAUGAACUCCAACUGCUAUUUAAUUUAACAGAGUUAGAUUUUUCACAAAAUAACUUCACAAGCAUCAAAGACGUGGGGCUCUCAAAUCUUACUCAGCUGACUACUUUGCACCUGGAGGAAAACCAGAUCAUGGAGAUGACUGACUACUGCUUGCAAGACCUUUGCAAUCUUCAGGAGUUAUAUAUAAAUCAUAAUCAGAUCAGCAGCAUUUCUGCAAAUGCAUUCUCUGGCCUGAAGAAUCUUUUAAGAUUACAUCUCAACUCCAACAAAUUGAAGGUUAUUGACAGCCGUUGGUUUGAUUCUACUCCUAACUUAGAGAUUCUUAUGAUUGGAGAAAAUCCGGUGAUUGGAAUACUAGAUAUGAACUUCAAACCUCUCUCCAAUUUAAGGAGUCUUGUUUUGGCAGGUAUGUAUCUCACAGACAUCCCUGGCAAUGCCUUGGUAGGCUUGGACAGUCUUGAAAGUCUUUCCUUCUAUGACAACAAGUUGGUAAAAGUUCCUCAGCUUGCACUUGAAAAAGUUCCAAAUCUAAAAUUCCUGGAUCUCAACAAAAAUCCAAUUCAUAAAAUUCAAGAAGGUGAUUUUAGAAACAUGCUUAGAUUGAAAGAGCUUGGAAUCAAUAACAUGGGAGAGCUUGUUUCUAUGGAUAGGUACGCGCUGGACAACCUGCCUGAACUUACAAAGCUGGAAGCCACCAACAACCCAAAGCUGUCUUACAUCCAUCGUUUGGCCUUUCGUAACGUCCCUGCCCUGGAGAGUUUGAUGCUGAACAACAACGCCUUGAACGCCGUCUACCAAAAAACAGUGGAGUCCCUCCCAAACCUGCGUGAGAUCAGCAUCCACAGCAACCCCCUGCGGUGCGACUGCGUCAUUCACUGGAUCAACUCAAACAAAACCAACAUCCGCUUCAUGGAACCUCUCUCCAUGUUCUGCGCCAUGCCUCCAGAGUACAGAGGACAACAGGUGAAAGAAGUGCUAACGCAGGAUUCAAACGAGCAGUGUCUUCCAAUGAUCUCUCACGAGACCUUUCCAAAUCACUUGAACUUGGACAUCGGCAUGACGGUGUUCUUAGACUGUAGGGCCAUGGCAGAACCCGAGCCAGAAAUUUACUGGGUCACUCCCCUCGGAAAUAAAGUCACUGUUGAAAGCCUCUCUGACAAAUACAAGCUGAGCAGCGAAGGCACUUUGGAAAUCUCCAACAUCCAGAUUGAAGACUCUGGGAGGUACACCUGCGUUGCUCAGAACGUAGAGGGAGCUGACACCAGGGUCGCCACAAUCCGGGUGAACGGAACGCUUCUGGAUGGCACCCAGGUCCUGAAAAUCUUUGUGAAGCAAGCUGAAUCGCAUUCCAUUUUAGUUUCUUGGAAAGUUAACUCCAAUGUCAUGACUUCCAAUUUAAAAUGGUCGUCGGCUACUAUGAAGAUUGACAACCCUCACAUUACAUACACCGCUCGGGUCCCAGUUGAUGUACAUGAAUACAACCUCACGCAUUUACAACCUUCUACAGAUUAUGAAGUGUGUCUCACUGUGUCCAACAUCCACCAACAAACACAAAAGUCCUGUGUUAACGUUACAACAAAAAAUGCAGCUUUUGCGCUUGAUAUUUCAGACCAGGAAACCAGCACUGCUCUGGCAGCGGUCAUGGGAUCCAUGUUUGCUGUAAUUAGCCUUGCCUCCAUUUCUGUUUACAUUGCAAAAAGAUUUAAGAGAAAAAACUACCACCAUUCGUUGAAAAAAUAUAUGCAAAAGACCUCCUCAAUCCCCCUGAAUGAGCUCUAUCCUCCACUUAUUAAUCUCUGGGAAGGCGACAGCGAUAAGGACAAGGAUGGUUCUGCAGAGACCAAGCCGACCCAAGUCGACACAUCCAGAAGCUAUUACAUGUGGUAACUCAGAGGAUAUUUUGCUUCUGGUAGUAAGGAGCACAAAGACUUUUUUGCUUUAUUCUGCAAAAAUGAGAAGUUGAAGACUUUUGUAUUUUUGACUUUGCUAGUUUGUGGCAGAGUGGUGAGGACAGGUGGAUAUUUCAGAAUUUUUUAGUAUAGCGUAUCGCAAUUGUUUGACACAAAUGGCAGCUUCACCUAGCUUCCAGAUUUCUUUUCUUUUUUUCUUUUUUCUUUUUUUUCUUUUUUUAGUUAUUGUGCUAAACUUAAUGCUGUUCUAACUGCAGUGCUGAAUAAAAUUAAUGAGAGGCUGGGGUUACCUGUGAUUCAAAAGUAGCACAACCCCAUUCUUCUGAAGCCAUCAGUAGAGUACAGUAUCUUGCAAAGCUAACAGACAGUUUUGAAACUGCAUUGAACUAGUUUUGUAAUGCUGGUCUGAGGACUCAAACUGAGAAAAAGGAGACCCUGAAGGAUGUUAGUUGACUGUACUGUAAUGUUGUAUCAACUGAUUUGAAUGUUUUUGACUUUGGACAAUGAGUUAUCUUUUGUCUUUUCGUAGUAGUUGAAAAGGCUUAGGUAAAGCUAACAGGCAGUAGAAAUAUGUACACCCAGGUUUUUAGUGUAACAGACUAAAUGUUAAUUGUUCUUUUUAUUCUCUUCAGUAGACACCUUUGAAAAACACUGGAGUUUUGUUGUGCUUAAGCCACCGCCCCUGGUGUUUAACAAAGGCAGAGCUAUAAUAACUUUAGUUGUGUUCUGAUUUUUUUUUAUUUUAGAAGUCACAAUAAUGUAUUGGUUUUAGAUGUCACUAGUUGGACUGGUGAUCAUGUUUUGACAUAAAAUAUACCCAAAAUGUCAUAGAAAAAUAUUGUGUUUUUUUCUCGAUGGGAUUACAUUUCAGCUAAGUUGCAGGGUUGUUUUUUUGUUGUUGUUUUUUUAAUGCAUUUAUUUUAAUAGUGUUUUCUCUGCACUGGAUGCAAAAUACUGAAAAUAAUUGGAAAACUAGGUCUGGCAUUUAGACUGUAAGUCACAUGCAGAAUCAAAACUGUUUGGCAUAAGGUACACAGCAAAAAAAAUAAUUCAGCGUAUAAAAACUUUUCCUUUUUGUAUACUUUUCUGUUUAUGUUCGGAGCUGAGACGGAAAUGAAGCUGACAUUUAGCUGUCAUUAUGAUCAGUUAGGACAAAAACCAACUCAGUGCUCCCAAACUGAUAGAAAGCAACCAAAUCCUGGCAUUACGUUUGAAAAAAAUGUGCAUGGGAUUGAUGUGCCCUCAACAGCAGAAAGUGAGACAGCUAAACCCAACCUAAUAGUAACAAGUUCGGGUCCGAUAUGGAACUGUAGUUUCACCAGGCUUAAAGUCAACAAGGACUCUGAGCAUUUCACUGGAUUGGUCUGUUCAAGUGGAAGGCCUCAGCAAGCACUGGUGUGUGUGCGCACUGGGUACAUCAACACAUAAGGGACAGUUGAACCUACAGAAGCUUUGUACGUCGUCUUUUCUGAAUCCACUGGAGUUCUCAGCAGGACUGCACACAGGCACAGCAGGGGGGUUCUGGUGGAGCCUGUGGUUGCAGUUACACCGGAUCCCUAACGAGCAAGCACAGAGUUUUCUACGCGUUCCGACCACUUGUCGAUGUGCAACCUUUUAAAUGUUUUUACAUGCCAAAUGUUCUUAGUGAGUAAAAGUUAAUUGUUACAACAAUGGAUGUGCCUGGAUUUUGGGGUUGAAGUUUUGUUUUUGUUUGUUUGGUUGUUUUUUUUUUUUGUUAACUCACUGAUUUAUCUAAGCGAGAAAAAAAAAAAAUCAGCACUCACCCAAAAUUGCAGACAGACAGCUUCCAACUUCUCUCUUCCCUUCAGCCAACGGUCUGCAAGUGAAAAAGUCAGUGUAGUUUUAUAGGUGUGUUUUGGUGCAGAACCCUCAGUCUCUCAGAUACAUGCCUUGUCAAUUUGCAUUUCGAUGCAAAGCUGAGUGAAGCUAUUAAUUAUGCAUUUAAAUCAAGUACUUCUGCUACACACAAUUUUUUAUACGUUCAUGAGAUCUCACGUUUUUAAUCACAUGAUAGUUACAUGUUGGGAUUAGGCAAGUGGCCUUUGAUCAUGGAGAAGCAGCAUGCUGCCAGCAUUCACGUGUCACCUUCUCCCAUAUUUUAUGUUCAUGCAAAAUCUCCCCUUGCCUUCUCCUCCAGAAAAGCUUAAGAGCAAUAAUUACCACCUUGUGUAUAUGCUAUCCUAACCUUAAAACUGCCUCUACCAUUAUAACAAUGAUAACGAAUUAAAACUGAGAUAUCUUUUGCACUGAAGAUUCACUGUACUUUUUCCAGAGAAAAGGACAUAGGGAGGACAAGGUUGACAGCAAAAUUACAGCUUCCAACUUGCACAACAUCAUAAAAUUGUCUUGAGAAAGCAAUUAUUGAGCAGGUAUCAGAUGCUGCAGAGCAGGCCCCUGCCUCCCCCACCUCCCUGCAGCACUCGUGCAGCUGUGCCACCAACACUCGGUCACAACAAGCUUUCACCUGAGCCUCCUGUCCGACGGGGUCGGUGUAUGGGAAGGGAAGCAAUGUCUGAUGUGUUCCUUGCCGCUGGGGAAAUUAUGUGCCUGCUCUUCCCUGCAGACCUAUUUGGCAGUUUUAUGUCAUUUGUUAUCAUUAUAGUGCAAUGCUGUUAAAGAACAGCGAGAGAAAAUGGCCUUAUGACAGUCAUACACUUCUGGAUGUGCUGAUCUGUAGUAUUUCAGGGCAGCUGAUGUUGCUGGGGCUCUGGCAGAGAGAUGCAGGUUCCCUGACAACAGCUCAACAGCCACAACACCCUGUGAGUGCCGCACAUUCUGCACAUACAGCCACCAGUGACAUGUAUUUUCAGCCUUGUAAUCUGUGCCCUUAGAGCUCUGUACAGUUCUCCUGGAAAUUUAAAAUUCUGCUAAUAAAAGGAAAAAAAAAAAAACCAACAGUGGGUAAGAGAUUAAUGACAUGUGGCAUAUAAUCUUAGCAAAUAACCUUCAGCCUUGUCCUAGCAAUUCUGUGCUUGCAGUUUGUUGUAAGCAAAAAAUAAAAAUAUUCUCUUUGCCUAAUUGCCUUCAAAAUAUAUUUGCAUCUACCAUUCACUGGAGACAAAAACACCCCCGGUUUGCUCAGAACCAGAGAUGGAGCCUGGCUGCUAUAAAGCAGCAUGGGAAGAACCACAGUUGUCUUUGACUUGGCUAGCUGUUCAGAAAUGCUGUGUAAGAGUAGAUAUCUCAUACCCAACUAAACGUCUGCAGUGUCACUUCCACCUGAUUUCCCAAUAAUAAACUAUCCUUGUGCCCUGAAGAGCAAGUCGCU